UUAUUUACAUUGUGUCAAACGCUAUGUACUUCUACAUAUUUAUGUCAUACUGAAAUUAUGUAUUUUUUCAUCUCCCUUUAAUUUUCAAUAUUAUUUAAAUGUCCAUGUUAUUUAAUUUCAUAAUAUCGUGCUCAAAUCUCUGUUAACUGUACAUAUAAUUAUUAUAUACGUAUUAUACACUAUAUGAACAACUGUACUCAUUAUAUUGUAAAUAUUCAUAAAAAAAACUUUUAACCAAUAGGCUGUUGAACGAUAGCAAAUCAAUAGUAUUUAGUGGCUAAAAAAUUUGGAUAAUUUAAUUAAUUCAUUAGAUAAUUCCCUAAAUGAACGAUGAUUAGCAAUAGAAUGCUUUGAAAAUUUUUACUUCAAUUUUCCUUGAAAAUAUGCUGUUCAUUGUUAACCAUUUUUUACAUCGAAAGCAACUAACUUUUCAGCAAAUAAAUUUACAUCUGCAUGGCCGCAAAAAAUACGACGGUCAACACAAUUUUUUUCAAAAGAAUCUGUUGAUUAGUCUAGGUGCAAUGACGAGUUGAAUUUAAUACAUUUUAGGCUUGGAAUGCAUGGCCGUGGGUGCUGUUAUCACGCCGAGCCGCUAGGUAGCAGCACUGACGCUCUUCGCCCGCGCGGCUGUGCUAUUCAGGGUUGCCAGACGUACGACUAUAGUCGUACAUGUACGACUAUUUCGUAGUUCGGUACGACGUACGUCUGAACAUAGGGUCGUACACCUAUUUGUACGACUAUUUUGAAAUUUUGGUGGUUAAGAUGUUAUGGUUAAAUAUUUUGGUCUCAUAAACACAAUAUAUGCAGUUCUAAAGAAGCCAAAAUCGAAAAUUGAAAUGAAAUUGAUCUGAAUGUUAAUCCAAUUCAAGAAACAAUUGAUAGCUUCAUUAUAAUAGUUGAGAGGAAUGACAACAGAAUGCACAUAAAUCAAUAUCAUAUUGGAUACAUUAUUAAAAUAUGUGUGAUAUUCUGUAAGUACCUAUCAUCUUUGGAACAGUACGAACAAUUUAAGAAUUUAACAGUUGUUUACAUUGUUUGGUAAAUAUGAGUGACGCAGAAGAUGGGCUAAGUUCGCCACCAAAAAAGGUGUGUAUUCAGCAAAGUGCAGGUAAACACAGGGCUCAAAAAUUUAGAAAAGAGUGGUUGUCUGAAACAGAAUUUAAAGAGUGGCUGUUACCUGUACAUGGAGACGAAUACAAGGCUAAGUGUAAAUUUUGUGGGAUAACACUUGUUACCGAAAUAAGUAACUUAAAGCGGCAUGCAACCGGUGGGAAACAUACAGCACUUAGAAUGUCUGCUACUGUUAGACAAACAUCGAUUUCUAGAUUUAUUGCAGCACCUAAAGUUGAUUUAGACAAAGAAGUUGCAUCUGCUGAAAUAAAACUUUCGGCAUUCAUUGCGGAGCACAAUGUUGCUUUUUCUGUUGCAGACCAUCUCACAGCUGUCAUAAAAGAUAUCUUUUCUGACCAUAAAAUUGCACAGAAAUUGACUCUUAAACGAACAAAAACAUGCAGUAUUGUAAAUAAUGUAAUAGCUGCCGAUCAUAAGGAGAAGUUGGCGAAUAAAUUAAAGAACACCAAAUUCAGCAUCCUUACAGAUGAAUCAACAGACAUAGGGACAAUAAAAAUGUCGUGCAUAGUGGUAAGGUACCAUGAUUUCCAGUCUGGAAGGAUAGAGAGCAAAUUCUGGGAACUAAGAGAAAUUUUUGACUCUUCAAAUAAAGUUGUGUGCGCCAGUGCAGAAAACCUGUUUCGUGGCUUGGUUGCUUCAAUCACAGAGUUUGGAAUUCCGUUGGAAAAUGUGAUCGGAUUUGGAGCAGAUGGAUGUAAUGUGAUGAUGGGUGAACAUAAUUCAGUAUCAUCUCGUCUCAAAGAAGCUUGUCCUGGGAUCGUGGUGGUUAAGUGCAUUUGUCAUUCGGCACAUCUGUGUGCUAGUGAAGCAUGUAAAGUGCUUCCUCGGUCUUGUGAAGAUAUGGCUCGUGAAAUAUACAAUUUCUUGAAGAGCAGUGCUAAACGACAGAGUGAGCUGAAAGAGUUUCAAACAUUUCUUGACAUGGAACCUUUGAAAAUGCUUCAUCCCUCGCAGACCAGGUGGUUGUCUUUGGUGGCAGUUGUUCAAUGCAUUUUGGAGCAGUGGGAUGCUUUGAAAUUGUAUUUUACAGACUGUUGGUUGUCACAGAGACUCUUAAGUGCAGAAAACAUCUUCAAUGCACUUCACGAUCCUUUUUUGAAACUGUAUUUCAUGUUCCUUUCAUGGGUUCUUCCGAAAUUCACAAAAUUCAACGAAUUUUUCCAGACGAAGAAUGUUGUUAUUACAGAACUACAUACCCAAUUAAGAGAUCUCUAUACUGACAUUCUCCUUAGUUUCAUGAAAAGGGACUAUGUCAUGAAAACACCACUCGAGGAAGUCGAUCCUGCCCUGGAGAAGUAUCAUCUUCCAGACACUGAGAUGUAUUUAGGAGUUAAAGUCCUGCAGCACAUUGAUAAACCAGAAAUCACUUCCAAGCCCGAUAUUCGCUGUCAUUUCUUUCACAGGUGUAGAACUUUCCUCACGGUUGCUGCGCAAGAAAUAAGAAAAAGAUAUAAUAUGAAUGAUCCGGUUCUGUCGAAACUUAGCUACCUGCAACCUAAAGCAGCUCUUUCACCAGUAUUCAGGGUUAACUGCCCUUCCCUUCUUCCACUAGUAAAAGUAGUCCCAAGAAUUGUUUCUUGUGAUGAUGAUGCAAGUUUACAGCGUCUUGAUGAUCAGUGGAGGGAGCUUCCAUUUUCAAGGGCAAGGCUUCCAGAAGAUAUUGAUGAUGUAAACAGUCCUGACAUUUUCUGGAAUAUGCUUCUGAAACCAAGCUGUGACACACAAGAAGCUCAUUUCAAAGAAUUGGCUACAUUUGCACUUCAUGUGCUUAGUCUCCCGCACUCUAAUGCAGACUGUGAAAGAGUCUUCAGUCAGGUAUGAAAAUAUAUGCAUCAUAAAUAACUAUUUUGUUACCUACUGUUCUUAUUUUAAAAUUUGAGUUUUUGUUAACUGCAAUAUUGUUAGAAAAAUAUAGCAUGUGUAUUUACUUUACAGGUAAAUCUAGUGAAAACCAAAGUACGAAAUCGCCUCCUUCCAAAAACAGUGAACGGAGCUUUGCUUGCUUCCGAGUGUGUGAAGGAAAGUGGUACCUGUGCAUUGUUUCGCCCUACAGCUGAAAUGUUAUCGCGCAUGACAUCAGCAAACUUGUAUGCAUCCAGUGCACCAGAAAACGAUAUUGUGGAUAUUCUCUUCGAAAAGGAUGACUGAGUUGUUAAGAAAAUUGUUUUUUUUUUUUUUUAACUUAGCAUGUGUUAAUUUUGGUGUAGUUUUUUUCCUUAGUGUAAUUGUUUCCAUGUAAUUUUUUUCCUUCACGAUUGUGUCAUGCCAAUAAAAUACUACCAAAAUGAAUAGCAAAAAAAUCGCCGGAUAAAAUAAAAGUUGGUACUCAUUAACGUUUUAUUUUAAAAAUUAUAGUAUGUACGACUAUUUGCUCCAAUGUACGACUAUUUCUAGUCUUCGGUACGACUUUUGGAAUGUUGCAAUCUGGCAACACUGGUGCUAUUAGUAUAGAGCUGUCCUGUAUUCUCCCUCUACAGUAUUUGCUACAAGCCAUCGCGUGGGCCGCCAAACUCUGCAACGCUGUUUGUACCGACCCUUUGUGUCGUCCCCCUUUCAGCUGUCACAUUUGUCACUCUUUAAACUUGAGGGGGAUGUCCUGACUUCUGCUUCCGUCUCCCUUUGUUUGUUUCUGCCCGCCAACGCACGGCAGGCGCCUGGCGAGUGACGCCUGGCGAGUGACGUGUCUGGCUGGCAUUCGGUUGUACGAGGGGGAGGGUGGAGGGUGCAAGGUCAGCACGAUCUUAUCUUUCUCUCUUCGGCUGUUGUAAAUGACCGUGAACUAAUGGCUAGGCAGUGCUGUAUUUUUUUAAGCCGAGACACUAGUUCGAAGAUGGCCGGCCCUUACCGUGAACGGCCUUAACCCAGCUGCUCGCCGGUGUCUGAGAAGCUUGACAAGACCUUCCGGGCUUUUAAUCGCUAGUCCGUGAUUAUCUCGGUCCUGACCAUCACGUAUUAACGAGGUUCUACUGUACCUCAAUAGGAUUUGUUACAAGGAAAACGUAAACAGGCCAAGUAAAUUGUAAGCAUUUAAGUUUUUAAAGUACUACAUUUACAUCAAUAUUUUUCCUCGAAUCCCGAAUCUUUUCCCUCGAAUUUCGAAUCUUUCGAAUACUAGAGAUUCGGUGGGAUUCGAGGAUUCGACCGGCCCAUCCCUAAACAAAAUGCUUGUUGACACUUGUAAGGUAUAAUUAUUCCGGCAAAAUAGUACAAAUUGUGUAAGAAAUGUCAUCAGAAGUGUGGCAGUAAUUGACUUCACUGUGCAAACAAACUUAUUUCGAUGUAGGCAAUUUAUUAUUUUAAUACUUUGAAAGUUCACCAUCAAU